AAAUCAUCGAGCUUUUCUUCCCGAGUUUUCUUGCCCAGAGUAACAUAUCAGCAAGGUUGAAGGGGUUCAGAUGCUAAAUUGGUGACGCGGGUAAGCCUUUCUGAGGUACGCGACUUCUCUCGAACCGCACCUAAGUUUUAGCCCUUUGUCUUCGACACAGAUCUUCCGAGUCGUGGUUGAAGCAUCACUCGGCCAUCACCACCUGCCGUCUCCCUCCUUCGAGCCCUCUCGCUGCACCACGAGAGUUGCUAGCCUGUCGCAAACGGAGGAAGCUGAGGCCCGCGGUUUCCUGUGGUCUGCGCCUGCAGCUUCUCGCAUCUGCACUGCGACUCACCUGUCCGAGCCACCCCGAAGGAUUACUUACGGGACCGCAAUAGCGCUCGAUGCUGACGCCGUCUGCUUGCUCCCUUCAAAGUCCCGCGCAAAAUUGAUUUCCAUCCCUUGGGCAGCUUGCUAUACUUGUGCCGUACAUGCUGCCUGCUGCCUAGUCAAGCCCAAGUUGUGCCUGCUCCCUAUCUUGGACUCCGAAGUCCUUCAAAUUUCCACGACACGCGCAGCGUGCGACAACGCUCCUUCGAACAGAACCUGGCCCGAUCUACCUCAACAGACCUCGAUCCAAUUUUCGCCAGCCAAAACUCUCUUCUUCAAUGCGAUGACCGCCACAGCCUCGAAACAUGGACGAUACCAAUAGGCUGUAUGAGGGGAUCACAGAAUCCUAUCAGGAGUGGAUCAACAUACCUGAGAAAUGUCAUCUGCUCUGCCCAAGAAUUACAGACGGUGAUGAAAGCGAUGAUGAGCCAUCCUCUGAGGUUGUUUCAAAGGAACAGGAGCAAAGAAUAGAGGAGGCAAGACGCCGCGUCGAGCUCACUUACGACCUCAGUCUCCUAUUGGGCAUCACAGAGGAGCAGUCCAGUGGCUGGAAAGAGCAAUGGAUCGAACGCACGGAGUCUUUCUUGACCAAUUGCGAUGGCUGCGUGCUGCGCUGGCACAUGCACCGCAAGAACUUCUUCGAGAAACUGCAAGGGUCCUUUGACGAAGACGUCGCUACGAUCAUGGAGAACAAAUUGGACGAGUUCGACAGGGCUCGGAUAGACAGGGGUCUCCAGAGGGCGGUCGCUAUCCUAGAGUCGAAUGGGCCGAUCAGUUCGUCUAAGAUCGCUCAGCAGGACCAAACCGCCAUUUUGGCUCUGUUCGAGUCCCUGUGCUGCAUGGCCUACGUAGGGCAUCCUCAAGUUCGGCAACGCUACUUCAAUAAGGUCUUUCAGGACGUUCAGACUCGUAAGCCGCUGAAGCUGGGAUCGCAGAUAGUACCGACUAUGGCCUUCUUCCUCUUCGAAGAAGACCAGUAUCGCAACCGGUUUGCCAAGUCGGCAUGGGAGGCCCUUAAUCCUGAGUGUCUCACAGAGGAGGAGUUUGACUUCGCGGUCGGCGAAUCUCUCACAAACGCGAUCCGCGAGGUGAGUGUGGUGGACCCUGAAUCGGGCGCUCUACAUGCCUCUCAAAACAAGGUCAGGGUUUUCUGGGAAGGAUUCCUCCUUCUUUUAAACUCCAUGAGCGAGGAGAUCGUGGUCCAUUGCCUUCGUGGCAUGGACGCAGAUGUCUACCAGCUUGCCAUUCAACACCUCCAGCUCUGUCACUCGGACCAAAUCCUACUGCUGGUCCUGCAGGCAAUCGCGGCCCUGCUGCAGAAGUCACCCAAGGCUUUCUGGGGCGCUUUAGACCUUCCACGGGCACAGCUCGCCCAGUUUGUUUUCAUGAACCCAGCCUUCCCGCAUCUACUCUCGCGGUCACUGGAGUAUGAUAGACUCGUCGCCGACGGGCAUAUUCGUGUUCCCUUCCUCGCCGUCUGGGUCAGGACCGUCAUUGGGUCGCUCCAGCAGCACGAGUUGCCAGACGUGUGCCAGUCCCUCACAGACCAUCUCUUUUCUCCCCGUCCCGACUUGGAUGCUUCCAGGGAAGCACAAGUGACUCGAACGAUUGCUGGCCUAUACGCUCUGAAGACAUCACUCGACAGUUUCAAUAGUGGCGUGUUCCAGAUCCGCAUGGGCACGUCUAUCAUAUACAUCAAUUCUCUCAUCAAUCUCGUCGUCAAAUACGCAGCAAGCGUCAUCAAUCUUGCGGCAGAGCUCCGGGCAGAGGAUCGGUUCAAUGUAGGCUUAUCACAAACGGCUGUCGAUGUCAUCAAGACUUCUCUUGUUCUUGACUCGAAAACGACCCGCACCGAAUGGAUGGCACUUAUGCGUGGGAAUGUUAAGAUACCUCGGACCAACCCGAGACAUUCUGCUCAGCUCUGGGACAGAUUUCUCGAAAUAUUUUGGCCCGGUCGGGCUGGCACUGUUGACAUCGCAAAAUCGAUGUUAUCUGCCAUGCACCCGCUCAACGGCAUCGGGAAGCUUCUGCCCCCAAAGAAAGAGACCCUGAAGGACCCUGAAAAGAUACUUUUCAACCAGGACCUGGACCGAACGGCAGAAGCAGUUGGCCGCAUGCUGGAGCGUCUCAGUGGCUUCGCCUCUGCGGACCUAGAAGGUCUGUGCAGUGACCAACAAAGCGGUCUGAUGUAUGCCGUUGUUGCGUCUCUGGUGCACGCUGAGGAUCCCAUCCGCGAGGCUGGCAACUCCUUGAUCAAGACUAUCACAGGCGAAGCAACGAGGACGGAGGCAGUAGCCCAGAUGGCUUCCGACUACUUUCAGCCUUUCCUGUCCACGUUCUCCGACGUCGUCCGCGGUGUCACAUACGACAAAGACUCGAUGAAGCCUUUUGCGCCAAUGCCCCAUGUCUUGACUUGCAGUAAGGACAUGGUGGGUGCGCUUUGUGACACCUCCGGGCUACUCAGGUCAAGGACACUAUCGGGUAUCGAGUACACUGCUGUUAUGUCUUGGUGGACGACCCAAUGGGAAGGAUUACAGCACGCUUUCUUUCAGCUCCGAGUUUGGAACGAACAAAUGGACAAGACAAUUCUCGAGUCGUUUUGCCGGAAGGCGAUGGAGCUCGCUCAGGCACUCCUCGACCAGGACGGCGUGGUCGCGUCAGCGCUCGGAGCACAGAACGCAGAGGCUGAAGCAAUGAAGACUGUUUUGGAGCAGCCACGGCUUAACACGUACGGAAUAACAAAUAUGAUCAAGCUCCGCGACAUCGUUCUCUUGGAUACGACCGUGCAGACACUGCUCAAGCUUUUUAGUCGACUCGCUCAAUUUGGGCUCGAUCUAGAUACAAAGAGUGUUUCCACUAUUCGGCAAGCCUGUGUUAUAGGGCCGAGUGGCAAACACGCAAUCAACAGCAAUCUGACUGCCACGCAGAAAGUUGAGCUUCUAAAGGCGAUCGGGGAAGAGGAGGAGACCCUCACCGUGUCGAAGGUCACUGAACGGCCCAAGAAACAAAGCAGCCUCGAUGCAUGGUCAAAGUCUGGGACGAGCACUCCACUGUCUCGGUCUGGAAGCACUACGCCUAUUGCUUCAACCCGACCAGACGUCAAGCCUUCUUCAAGCAAGCUCGAAAAGUUGCGCUUGACAGGUGAGAAGACCAAGCCGAAGCUGCUAAGACCAGAGCCAAAUAAACACAGCUCAUUGAGAUUCCUCGAGGAUCGAAAGCGUGCACAGGCCCAACAGGCUGAGCGAAAAGCCGCUGCUAUAGCGGAAGCUAAAGCUCUACGUGUUGUACCUGGGGAAGGUUCGGGAUUGAGGGGCGUGUCCGGUGUUCUCGGCAAAGAUCACGGCCCGCAGCCAAAGAGCGAGAUGAUGGUCGACAGCUCGGAAGAAGAAGAAGACUCUUCGGAUGACGAUUCCCUGAUUACCACGAAAGGUGGCAACAAGCUAGACCACGACACAAGACAGCGUGAACUUCAGUUGGCGGCCAAGAAGAUGGGCCCACUGAAGAAGGAGAAGAUGAAGCGGACUGCGAAAGAUCUGCGGGCUCGGAUCAUUCCUCCCAUGGACGUUCUGCACCAGUCCAUUCUCGAGUGGGAUAUUUUCCACGAGGGCAAUGACCCGCCAAAUGGCGAUGUGUGCGUCGAGGUUGCGAACACCUACAUGACUCAUCAGGACUACAAGGCGACCUUCUUCCCUCUUUUGCGAUACGAGGCAUGGCGAUCCUUCGUGACGGCUAAGGAUGAGACCACGUCGAAGCCGUUUGGUAUCAAGGUGAUGAACCGCAUGACCGUCGAUAAGUUUAUGGAGGUCACCACUUCGAUGCCCAGGGCACAGAAUAAAGAGAUGGGGCUCAGUGAGGGGGACAUAUUGAUAAUAUCACAGUCAGAGGACCCACUGAAUCAGAAGAAGGCUGCUCACUGCUUGGCUCGCAUUUGGAAGACGACGUACAAGAAAGAUAACCUCGAAGUGGCAUACCGUCUUAACGCCAGAAACAAUCAGAUCAUGCCAUUCCUGCAGGCAGGCGCACAGUUCCAUGCAGUCAAGAUAACCAACAUGACGACGGUUGAGCGGGAGUACGCUGCGCUGGAGAGUCUGCAGUACUAUGAUCUUUUGGACGAAGUGCUGGAGGCAAAGCCUUCACCGCUGCUCAAUUAUGGACGUGAAGCCAUCGAUUCGGUAAUGAAGACUUACUUUUUGAACCCCGGCCAGGCAAAAGCGAUCAUGAAUGCCAAGGACAACGACGGCUUCACUUUGGUUCAAGGCCCCCCUGGAACGGGUAAAACCAAGACCAUUGUCGCUAUGGUUGGUGCACUUCUCACGGGACACAUCAAUACCAAGCCUGCCGCUGCCGUUGCUGUCAGUCGACCGCAUGACCUGGGAAGUCAGGCAAGACAGCCUCCUCCGAUGAAGAAAUUACUGGUUUGUGCUCCAAGCAACGCCGCCGUUGAUGAACUUGUUCUGCGGUUGAAACAAGGGGUCACGACGAUGAACGGCGCCCACCACAAGAUCGGUGUUCUGCGACUGGGCAGGUCUGAUGCGAUCAACACACUUGUCAAAGACGUGACCCUCGAUGAGCUCGUCAAAGCCAAGAUGGAAGCUGACAAUAACAAGAACGGCCCGGGUGCCAGUGAGCGUGACAAAUUGCACCAAGAGGCCGGUGAAAUCAAAAAGCAGUUGAACGACGUACGUCCUAUGCUCGAUGCUGCGAGGGCUAGUGGUGACAGGGAAGCUGAGACCAAUCUGGAACGCGAAUUUGACCAACUGAAGCGUCGCCAGCGCCAGAUUGGUGCCCAAAUUGACCGCGACAAGGACAGCAGCAACACGUACGUCCGAGAGAGCGAGGUCAGGCGCAGAGCGAUCCAGCAGCAAAUUCUCGACUCGGCGCAGGUGCUGUGCGCAACACUCAGUGGUAGUGGUCAUGAGAUGUUCAAAAACCUGAACGUUGAGUUUGAGACAGUGAUCAUUGAUGAGGCGGCGCAGUGUGUGGAGCUCAGUGCUCUGAUUCCACUCAAGUAUGGAUGCACCAAGUGUAUCCUCGUCGGCGACCCCAAGCAAUUGCCGCCUACGGUUCUCUCUCAAUCUGCAGCUCGAUUUGGGUACGACCAGAGUUUGUUCGUGCGUAUGCAAACGAAUCAUCCCAAUGACGUCCACCUACUCGAUACACAGUACCGAAUGCACCCGGAGAUCAGUGCAUACCCUAGUGCCGAAUUCUACGAGGGCAAGCUUUAUGACGGAGGUGACAUGACGGCCCUCCGCACCCAGAAAUGGCACGAGAGCAAGUUGCUUGGUCCUUACCGGUUCUUCGAUGUCGAGGGUAUCCAGGAGCGCGGCCGCAAGGGACAGUCGCUGGUCAACACGAACGAACUUGAGGUCGCCAUGCAGCUGUUUUCCCGCUUCAAAAUCGACUAUGCGGACUGCAAUCUCAAGGGGAAGGUGGGGAUAAUCACACCGUACAAGGCCCAACUCUUUGCACUGAAAGAUCGUUUCGCCAAUCGUUUUGGCGAGGGUGUCUUUGACGAGGUGGAAUUCAACACGACCGACGCGUUCCAGGGUCGUGAAUGCGAAAUCAUCAUCUUCUCUUGCGUCCGAGCCAGCCCAACAGGAGGUAUUGGCUUCAUGACUGACAUCAGGCGUAUGAACGUCGGCCUGACACGUGCGAAAUCGUCACUCUGGAUUCUUGGAGACUCCAGAGCAUUGGUGCAGGGCGAGUUCUGGGCCAAGUUGAUCAAGGAUGCCAAAGCAAGAGACCGCUACACUCGGGGUGACGUGCUGGCCCUGCUGAGGAAGCCGAGCGAGAAGGUUCCACGAGCUCAGAAUGGCCACGGCAGCUACAAGUCGUUCGACAUAGAAAUGAAGGACGCACCUGCGACGGCACCCAAACCAGAAAUGCCUUCAGGAGGCCCUGCCCCGCCAUCACAGGGCGUCAGCGGACUUAACGCGAAGGGAGAGAACAAUCUUCAGCCAGCGAGAGGAGCGGGACCACCCCAGAUCGGAAAUUCAAAGAAGAGGCCCCUUGAGGAUGACAGCCAGUCUCCAGCACCCAAGCGUCAAAACCAUCCUUUGGCAAGUGGCCGGCCAGUCCCAACUGGUCCCAGAGCAGCGGGCCCGACUGCACCGCCCAAACCUAGACCGCCGCCGCCGAAGCCUGUUGAUCCGUCGGCCAUGGAGGUAUUGGGGCUUGCGCCUCCUUCGCGGCCUCCGCCUCCCCCGGCCAACCCAGUGCAAGCAACGAGGCCACCGCCACCGGGACCGUCGAAUGCACCGCCUAGGGUAAGUCGCGAUGCUUUUUCAAAUUGAUAUUGGGACCAGGCUAAGUCUUUCAGGGACCACGACCACCAAAGAAGAAGAAGGACCCUUUCAUUCAGCGAAAGCCGAAGAGGACUUGAUGUUUGUCUCGCGUUGCCUUUCCCCCUCUAUCAUCUAUACCCUUUUACCUUUUUUCACUGCAUAGGCAUCAAUAGAGACGGAAGGCGGUUUGAAAUUCUUGGCUUGACUGCUUUGGUAGGCUCAUGGGACCAGCUCAUGAUGGAGCAUCGUCAACGGCGUUGGCGACAUGGUUUGAUAUACUUGUUUAUGGACGAGAGCAUUAGAUCCGGGAUGCCUGUCGCGAUCUGAGGACCUCGGGGAUUUGAACCAGAUCAAUCCUGGGGGCAUGGGGGUCGCUCGGGAUUUCUAAAGCGGGUAAACUAUGGAAAUCAGACAGCGGAGCACCAGGCCGAAAACAUAUACAUUCGAGAAGAGGAGCCUGGCGAUAGUCCGGGGCCAGUUGAGGGCCAGAGCCUGCAUUCCUUUGCAGUGAGCAUGGGCAUGAGAUGGGUGUGGAUAUGGGCUCCGCAAUCGUAUUCCAUGGCGACAAUGGAGCUGUCGGUGUUGCUGUUGCGGUGGUGAUGGGCGAGGUGUGGUGUGGUUCGCGAGUUUGUGACACGUCGUUCGUCUUGUAUAAAAGGACGAAACAUUCCUGCGUCUCCCCCCUUGUCCUUACGAAACGGGCGCCGGGCGUGGCAAGGAUAUUUGCUGGAUGGCAGGCGGGAUGCAACCUGCCCAGGACCCCAGCCAACGGAACAGUCCUGUUCGGCUGUCUGGCUAUCACCGAUUGCCAGUUACAUCGGGGGGGAGGGGGUCACGCCAUCACCGAAGCACUCAAGUGCUCAACUGCCCAAGUGCCCAAGUGCCUAAUAAAUGCCAGGACACGUUAAGGUGCCACUGCCAACCCGGAGUGUCGGGGCUCCGCCCUGGAGAAAGCCCACCCGACGGCACGGCUCUCGAUCUUGAUGCUUCAUCAUCAUUAUCUCGUGACCAGCAGCCAGACAGCUUUCUGGAGCAGAGCUGCAGCAGUGUCAUGAUUGAGUUUUGGCGAUUC